AUGCGAUCAAUGAAAGAAGCAAUUCAGAAGACACAAUGGUCCUUUUCGAAAUAUAUCGCACCUUUUUCAAACCAGUUUAACGUCGAUGAUUUUGCCAUCGAGGAUGUUGGUAGGGCGGUUCAGAUCGGCAAAGAAAGUACAAAUAAAUAUGAAUGUCCGAUGUUGAGAUGUUCAUUUUGUGAUCAUCAGCCAACUAGAUCAUAUCAUAUUUCAGAGAUGUAUAUUCAAACACUUUCGUUGGCAUGCCUAUUAUGCUUCUCCUUAUCCAAUGCUGAAUCUCCAACAACAAAAGCCCCUACUCCGAAGAAAACCAGAACAGCCGACAAAGAAAACACCUACGUUCCAAAGGAACCCGCAAACUCUCCAACAAAUUUCGGAUUUGUCCCAACAAAAACAUCUGAAAACUAUAUCCAGAGGGAACCUUCAGCUAGAUACGUAUACCCUGAUCUGCUGCGACAAACUCAAGCAUACACAACAAAAUACCAAACCUAUGAAAAGCCACAAAUAAGUCAGCAACCACAGGUUCAGUAUGUUCAACAACAGGUUGUGCCUUCUUACAACAUUGCUGGAACACAAGCAACUCAGCAAUAUGUGUAUCCACAGCAGUACAUACAGAACUACCAGCCUGCUCAAGACUAUAGCCAACAUUUCGAAUACCAGUUCAGUCAACCUCAGCUGUCUCAAUAUUAUCAAGAACCACAAACCACAAAAAAUGUGAACUACCUUUCUGCCCAUUCCGUACCUCAAUACUUGUACCUUCAACAAUCUAGUAACGCCAUCGAGAAUGUUAUCAGUCCAAAGGAUCAGGGUGUGAGAUUCAUAAUGUUCAUUCCAACUUUCGAACCACAACAAACCCUCCAUCAAAAUUAUUAUCAAUCUCAACAAACAUCAGGACAGGAUUAUACAACAGCUACCAUCAAACAACAGCCUGAGCAAGUGCAGUAUGUGUAUAACACUGAACCUUCCCAAAACUCACAAAGAGGAUCAAGUUAUGAAAAGGAACCUACCAGUCUCUUGGAUUCUUACGUACCUUCUGCUCUUCAAGUUCAGUAUUAUAAAAAAUUACAAGCGCAGAGCCAGGCUAAUCAGAUUGUUAGCGAUGAAAAACAGGCUACUCAAAGUUUGAAGAACAAGAGUAAUGGUAAAUAUGAAAGAUGAAUGUGUUUCUUCAAAUUGAGGAAUGAGCUGUUUUGUGAUAAUCUGCUUAGAAAUGUUGUUUUUUAAGCUUUAUUAUAUAUUUGCCUUAAUGUUAUUUUUUUCAUUAAUUAAUUAUCAUUAUUUUAUUAUUAUUGUUUAUUUACUUGUAUUUAGUCUGAACAUGUACAUAAAGUUUUGUUAAACAUGAA